AUGGGCGUGUCGAUACUCAAGUCCACCACGGCCUACUGGGAUACUGCCGAAGCGUACCAACAAGAAUGUUCCGACCUCUCAGGCGAGAAGUUCAUGCAGGUCACGAAUCUGUUGCUGGAAUGCCCAAAUCUGAACUCAACCCAUCUCUUCCGUGCAGAUAUACUACAUGACAGUGCACAAAUUUUGAAGACCGUUGCCGAGAAGGAACAGCAAUGUGACUACCUCAACGGAAACAAGAAUGACUAUCACGAUGAUGCUUCCGCCGACCAAGUUGUCGCCGUCGAUGCGCCACAAGUGGAAGGUGCAACGCUCGUGCGAAGAGUUUUGAGGAGACUCAUACCUCGCAAACCACAACUCGACCGCCCUCUGGAGCAAUGGUGUUAUAUCUACGAGAUGCAGGAAAGUCCAGGAGUGAAGUCUGGCUAUGUGGUCGUCUACGUGCCAGAUGUCAAGGACGAGGCUGAUAUGCCGUGGUAUCAUCCGCCAGUCAAGGCUCUGGCAUAUCUCUACGAACAAGCCGAAGGCCACACAACAUUUUCCACGCAUUUUCUUCCUUUCGACCAGACCACCAAUGUUGUCCCGGAGAGACUCCAUCGCACAUUCAUUUCACUGCUUCAGACAUUUCUCAGGCUGGCCAAGGGUCCCGGUCCUGAGGAGCAGCUUCACGACACAAACAAGAAUGACAUGGCAAUUGCAACUGGCAUGUCCAUGGCGCCCUCAGUACUCAAGGAUACCAUCCUCCCUCAACAUAUCGUCCAGAACACCUACACCCGAUUAAAGCAACAGUACGCCCAAAAUCUGAUAUCGCGCUGGGCCGAAAAGACCGAACCAUCCAAGCACGUCUUCGAAGACCUAUCAAUCGCAGCAUUCGUCAUUGAACUCUGGAAGCAAAUGUACACAACGGACAAUUUCCCAGGCUUCGUCGACAUUGCCUGUGGCAACGGCGUACUGAGCUACAUACUGAUCAAGGAAGGCUAUCACGGCCGCGGGUUUGACGCUCGCCGACGCAAAACUUGGGAAGUCCUCGAAAUGGACCCGUACUUGGACGAAAUGAUCUGUGUUCCACAACCAUUUCUUGAUGCUGCACCAUCGGACAGCGACGGUGUCAUUCCUGGAGCUCGCAUACACAGCGGCUUCUUCAAGCCGGGCACGUUCGUCAUUUCGAACCACGCAGAUGAGCUCACGCCGUGGACACCCAUUCUCGCGGCACUGGCAUGUCCACAAAAUCCACUCCCUUUCCUCGCCAUACCAUGUUGCUCGCACGCACUCAGUGGCGCUAAGCAUCGCUACUCACCGAAGGACAUCCGCAACACCAGCAUCAACGACAAGGAAGGGCAGCCGGCGUCGGGCGAUCUAAAAGCUCUGCGAGCCGCAAAGGUCAAGGCUGCAAAUCACGCGGACGACAAAUCCAUGUAUGCGUGCUUGACCAGGAAAGUCGUCGCCAUCGCAGAGGACAUUGGCUUCGACGUCGAAUUGACUUUGAUGCGCAUUCCUAGCACAAGAAAUAUUGGUGUCAUGGGCAACAGAAAGAGAGCCGCGGCCGCCUCCAGAGCGACAUGA